AUGCCUAUGGAGUUCAAAGGCGGCUGGGAACAGUAUGCUGAAGAUUAUUGUUUCAUUCAAAAUACGUUCUUCGUGCCAUUUCACGAGGAGAUUCCUGCGGAUGAUGAAGAUCGCUCAAAGGCUGAGAUAGGAUACUACCAAUGGGUACCUAUUGUGUUGGCACUUCAAGCGAUUAUGUUCUAUCUUCCAAAUUGGAUUUGGAAGACUCUUCAUCAACAAAGUGGUCAGUUUUUGUUGCAAGCUUUUCUCCACUACGCUUCGAUUUAUCAUAGC